UUGUUUAACCUCGAUUACGUUCGUUUUCAGUCCAGCCCCCUAGAGGUCUACAGUGGAGAGCGACCGGACGGGGAAGGGGGUUCUGGAGAUGUUCCCCUAGAUCUACAGUUUCGCAACAAAGUUUCGUGCAAACUGGAGGCAGAAGCUACCAGCCGUGUUCGUUCACCAAAGUCUGCCGGCGUAGCUCAUUCACGUUCGCAGCGAAGGCGGCCACGUCAUAAAGCUGACGAAGACAAAAAUGAACUUUCUAAAGCGGAGGGAAAGGAAAACUACCGCAGCCUUCCUGACGCCCCAAACUGUCCUCAAACAGUGACACCUAAUCUGGAAGACCACUUGCUGGCAAUUAGUACUUCAGGUGGCGAGACGCUUGAACGUGAACAGGACAGACAAAAGGCACAACCAAUGUCUGACCUCGCUCAGGAAUCAUUUUCGAGAAAAACGAAGACGACCCCACCCCGUAUGCAGACAUCAGCAGAAGCUGAUUUGCCAUUAAAGCAUAAGUCGGAGGAAGAAAAUAAUGACAUCAAUCACACUAGUACCACUUUUGGUCCGCCAGAUUAUGACAAGGCCAACUCUACUAUCCCUGAAAAUAUCGUUGAGGAUCAUGCUACUGAGUGUGAGACCCAGCGGGACCCAAACGGGACUGAAGACCCCAUUGAGAUCAUCGAGUCUGAACCCGUUUCUUCUCUGUCAGCGGAUACAGUGACAAUGCCUGAGGAGUUAUCGGUGACAACGCCAAAACAGCACCGACAGGGGGUAUUAGGGCCGGAACGUCUGCAGUUAAAGCUGAAUCUACCAGAUGCUGUCUGCAACGCAAAGAAAACGGACGCUUUUGAGCCCGAAGACGACAUUGAAGCCUUCGUGGUCCGUCCAGCUCCGAAGGGCACCAGGGUUCGCUGCCGAAUCAGUCGGGACAAGCGCGGUGUCGAUCGGGGUUUCUUUCCAACCUACUUUCUCCAUCUCGAGCGGGACGAUGGUCGUCGAUUCUUUCUCCUUGCUGCCCGCCGAAGACGCCGCUCGACCACCAGCAACUACGUCAUCUCUUUUGACGCAACCGAUCUCUCUCGAUCGAGCUGCCGUCUGGCGGGAAAACUGCGGGCCAACUUUGAUUCCUGCCUGCUCUUGGAUCAGUGGCGGAAAAAGAAAACCUAUGCCAUCAUGGAACUGCGAAAUAAGACUCCUGCGUGGAAUGAAGGUAAGAACCGGAAUGUCUUCUAA